AUGAAAUCGGUGUUAAAGGACGGAUGGACUUAUUUAAAAGAGCAAUUUAUACCUGAAGUUCCGAAGAGACCUUCUUGUCAUGAGCUAGGGAAUGUCUUGGAAACAGAUCUCCAGAUGGGGCCCCAUGGCUUGGGACUGACUGUCAUUGAAAACAAGCAUUUCCUCCAGAUAACCAGAGUCAGCCAAAGUAGCAUUGCUGCCAACAAUGGGGUGCUGCAACCUGGUGAUGUCCUCAUUAAAAUUGGGAGCGUGGAAGCCUUGGGAUGCAAGCUGAGGGAAAUCAUGCAACAGAUUAAAGCAAUCCCAGUGGGGGCGGUGCUGUCAAUCAUGGUGUACAGAGACUACCUUCUCAUUCCUGAGGGGUGGGAGAGGAGAUCCAGCCCAGAUAAACCCAGCAAGAGCACUACAAGUUGCAGUAUAGAAAGAUGUAAGGAGGAAGCAGAUAUCAUUGAUGAGAUGCAACAAGGCACUGCCUUCCAAGCAUCAAUGAUAUCUCUAUCACCGACACGCACUGAAUCCAGCACAGAGGUUCCAUCAUUGCAAGCAGGUUCUGAAGACUCAGUUUCCCUUCCAAGGACACUUACUGUCGGCAUACGCGCGUCCUGCGAUCUCACAGUUCACUCAGAGCCUGAGGAGUUUUCCCUGUUUGACAAUCGCUCAAUCUGGCGUAUAGUGACAGAUGACUCUGCACCAUCUUCAUCCUCUUCAUCAUCUCUGUCCUCAGAUUUAUCACCUGCAUGGCUGUCAACUUCAUCUUCUUCCUCUUCCCUCUCCACUUCUAUUGCAUCUUCCUUUGAGCCCCCUUCCUCAACUGUAUCUUUUCUCACUUCUACCACUUCUUCAUCCUCCUGUCUCAGUCCUUUCUCCUCUUUAUUGCAUUUUCUCCCUAGACAACCCUCCUCUUCCCUCCCAGCUCAGAGCUCCAAUUCUCAACCGUCCAUUCUAUCCUUCUCUUCUCUCACUGAUCCACCCUCUUCAGCACCCCCUGCUUUAUUAGCUUCAGCUGCUUCCUCGAUAGAGUUGCAGGACAUGAAGGAUGUAGAAAUAACAGAGAUUUAUUCUGUGUGGGGACGCUUGGAAUCGGCAAGCCAGCCAACAAGCCAGCACAAGAAGUGAUGAUAAAAAUACAGACUAAAUAGAGACCAAAAGUAAACCUGCGCCUCUGAUUUAAGUGACUUGUGAAAGCAGAAGCAUUGUGAAAAACACAGCCCCUUUUCAGUUGUAUCGGUCAAUAUCCCACUGAACUGAAAUUCACCUGGAAAUAUACAGAAAUUAAUCCAUUUACCACAAAAUUGUUUUUUGUGUUUUAUUCUCUGGCAGUAUCAGUUGUGGUCUGGUUUGGAUGGAUUUUAGUCAGUUGUGUUAUUUAAAUUUUGAAUGUCCUUCACAGCUAAGUUCUAUACAGAUUCAAGUCAACAAUUACACUUCCAUGUUGGAAGACGUUACCAAAACACAGUCCAUAACUGGUUUCAUUAUUUGGUUUAAGUAACUUGAUUCUGGUCCAAUCAAGACGGUUGUCUGGAAUGUUAUUAGU